UAUUUAAUCAAGGUAACCAGGAGAAAAGGGGAGUUCCAACCCUCGGACCUUCUCCUCCCUAAUCCGCCCCUGAGGUGGACAUUAUUUUUGAAUUUUUGUUAUAUGUUUAAGAUAAAAUAAUACUGCAUUUGGCUAUAAACUGUGAUUCUUAGCUAUAGCUAUACAGUAAGAAGUUUGUGGUUGUAUUGCACACAGUUGGAACCCAUAAUAAUACCUACAAACCUGUCCAAAAUGGUCUUGUUGAAACGGACCAAAAGGUUGCCGAGAAGAAAAUAUACAGCUCUUACCAUCAGAUCACAGAUCUAAUUAUUGUAUCUAGAGGUUCUAUAACAUAAAAUAAAACGCAAAUCAUGUGGGCCUUGCGGUUUCUAGUAAUCGCUUUACUGUUGAUUGGAUUUUGUGAGACUACUAAACAAUAUAUCGUACGAAAAAUUGGAAAUACAACUAGGCGCUGUAUACCUAUAUCUUACUGUGAACCGGGACAUGAAAUUUUACCAUGCAAGGUUGAAUACACAAACGACAUCUGUACAUCAUGUCCACCAGGACUUGUCCAGCCUGAUUAUAUACAGUCUACACUUGAUCUGACUCUAACAACGUGUUUUGAGAAUAGAAAUGAGGAUAAAUGUGCUGCACAUGAUAUUGAACCUAGCCGAGAAUACGGUGCCGAAGCUUGUCAAUUUGCCAAGUAUUGUAAGUGUAAUACAGACGAGUGUUACUAUGGCGACCCAUGUGCUUGUGCCAAUACACGUGAAUGUGGAAUAAAUGAAAGUUUGCAUACAAAUGGAACAUGUGUCAAAUGUUCACCAGGUACAAUGAAGAACAAAACCGGUUGUGGCCCGUGUUUCCCUAUCCAGGUAACAGUUGAAAGUAUAAAGGAAACACAACGACCUUUAACGUCUAUGAAAACUCAAAAUGGCCAAGACGUUACAACUAGCAAUAAGCUACCCACGUUGGCAGACAUACAAUCAAUCGUGACUUUGGUUCAAAGUAAAGGUAUAACGCAAUCAAAAGACAGAAUAACUGAAAGUAGAGAAGAGACAACAGUGUCAACUAUUACAGGAUCUUCAAACAAAUUGAUUGCAGUAAUUAUAGUUUUGGCUGUUCUUGUUAUUGUCGCCAUAGUCCUUAUCAUAGUUUUACGAAAUCACAGACGUAAAAAAGAUCAAGAAAUAAAUAUAGAACAAGGAAGACCCCUGGUUCCGCAUCAAAAUAAUAUGAUUGUCAAUGACAAUGUUGAAAACAGGAAUCGGGAUGAUAAUGACAUUGGUGGUAGUCUAGACGAAGAUGAAGAUCAAAACAACAAAAACACCAAUGAUUCAGAUUUUGCUAAUAAUAACAGUUCUCGACAGAAUGCAUUAUCCAAGGACAAAAGAUAUCAUAAUCAAGUGAAAGAUAAUAAAAUUGCAGACGAGCUACCAAAAAUUAUUACAGAAAUAUUGGAUAAAACUAGUGAAAUUUCAUCUUCCUAUGAUUAUUCAUCUGGGCAUCACGUACCUUCAGAAGCACAAUUUAAUGACAACAAUACAAAUAUUUUCAAUAUACACCAAACAGAAAACCUAGACAAUCAAGAACAAAUGCAAGAACAUGUUGAAUUAGCACAAGUUGAAACAUUAGACGAAGGUAGUAUACAACUACAUUCAUCAGAUGGGUAUUCACUGACAGAACACAGCUGUAACCCUGUAGCACAAGUCUCAGAUGAACGAGGGGAUAACAGUGCAGGUGACUUAUUUGUUCAUAACAGAGACGAGCCCAGUAGUGGAUACUAUUCAGAUAAUGUUCCAGAUCGUUCGCCAAUGUCAGAAAAUAAAGACCAAAAUUCUUUACAAAAAUAUGAUGAAUUGGUUUCGGUUUCUGAUCGAAAUACAGAGGGUACAGAGAGCAUGACAAGCUGUCUAGAAAUGGUUAAUUUCAAAUUACACGGGCAGACAACUCCAUCCGAUCAUAGUGAAUAUAUUGAACCUAAGCAGAUUAUCGUGAAAAAUGAUAGUGGAGUCUUUGACAGUGGCAACAGACAGAAUUGAAACUUAAUAAUUGAACUUUUGUUCUGAAAUUAUUUUUAACUAUGAGAGACAUAAAGGUUGUAUGCCAACACACUAAUGUGGACGAACAAAUUUGAAAAUCUUGAAACACAAAUAAAAUCUCUGAUGGUCAUGAAAUCACUUUGAUCGAUACGCUAUCAAUGUCAUUCGGUUAAUGAAACUCCAAAUAGCAGAAUCUUAUUGUGAUUGAAUAACAGUUCUACUUUCUCAAAUUCUGUGAUGAAAAAUGGCGACAAUAAACAGCACUGACGGUGAUUUUCAGACAUUUACAAGAAUACUUUUAUAAAGGUUGUGAAGUGUAUAUUUACAUGAAUACAAAUUCAAGUGAGAGCACUUGCGUCAAUAAAGGUAUACAAAUUUCAAAUAAAAACGAAUAAGUUUACCAAGUGUAUACGUGUAAUCAUGUUUAUCAAACUUAUCGAUAAAACCUUGGAAAAUCUAGGACACUGAACGAUCGAUAGUGUAUUCAAUAAAAUAGUGUGUAGCUUUACUAAUUUACUGAAUAGGGCAAUUGAAAUUUACACAGUGCAUGCAUUAAAUAAUGAUUUUAAUUAUAGGCAGCUAAUUAACCCUAUUAUGUGUUCCUAUUAUCUACAUGUAUGUAUCUGUUAUUUAUAUAUCUUUGUUAAAGCAUUACAAAUUGUACUUUUAAUGCACGUGUCCUGUACAGUGUAUGUUCUAAUUUUACAAAACUUUGUCCGAAACUGUAGAUUUAUAGUACAUCGUAAUUUUUUAACAUGCAUAUUACUAUCUUACUGCUCAUAUCAACAAAACUUUCUAAACUGCCAUGGCUUAUCAAACAUAUGUUUUAGCAAAUAUAAAAUGUAGAUAUAAGGGUACAAGGGAGGGGACAUAAAUCGGGAAACAAAAGAUCUAGUCAAGGAAAGACAGUUACAAUCAUGACAAAGAUAUACGAACAAAGACAAAAAAAAUCAUAUUUGAGUCAUUUAUUUCUAGUAAAAGGAAGACAACUCACAUUGUAAAUUCUCUCACCGCCCAUUGUACAAGAUAUUCAUCAUUUUUACGUAAGUUUAAUUUAUACUUACGGCAUAACAUAUGUAUGAAAUGUCCCCAUUAUUUAUUCAGGUACAUUCAACAACAUACAUGAGAUGAAUGAUUCUUAUUUCAAGUUUAACACAUAUAUAUAAUAUAUUUUAUUAUUUCGUUUGGUAUAACAAAUGCAUGAUUUGCACCAUUCUUACUUAACGUAUAAGACAUAUAAGAUAUAAGCCAAUCCUAUUUUAGGCAUAACCUUCCAUCUCUUUUUUAUGUUAUUCCAAUCAAUGACUCUUCAUGGACAGCAUGCCAUAUGCACAUAACACUAUACAUCAGGAUUUGUAACACAUGUAUGUUAUUCAAUAAUUAUGUUAUGCAUAAUAUUUGCAUUAUAUGUCCCAUUCUAACUUGAACGAUAACACAUGUAUAAUGUGGGUCCCUCAUAUGAAAUAGUGUGUCACGUAUUGUCAAUUUCUGUAAUAAUACAUAACCAUAUCAUUCUGAAUAUUGAUUACAUAUGGUAAAACACAGUAUUAGGCCAUUAAUACUUUCUAUGUUGCAUUUUGUAUAUUCUUGUUGUAUCAUAAAUUGACAAAGACAAUCAUGUUUUACAUUUACGACUGGUUUAAAAGGACCAUCAAUUUGUUAUUGAAACAUUCAACGUUUUUUUGCAUUUUUUUAUUAUAACAUUCUUUAUAUCAUUUGUUGUAUUAGUAAACUGUUUUUUUACCAGUAUUAUGAAACUUUAAUUUUUCCUGGAAUAAAUUAUUUUAUACUUGUUGUAAUAAUGUAAUUGCUCUUAAAAAAACUCGACUUCUUCAUGCUAUCAUCGUUUCAUGUUGUGACUUUUAAAUGGCUUCUAACAAAUUAUGCAUUGCUUUUUUUGUUAGUUAAUUCUGUGCAAUAAUGGUAUGUUGUACAUAUACUAUUUAUGCUUAAAUAAAGUUAUCAAUCCUUU